AUGGCUGAAGAUGAUAACAAUAAACCAAUACUCCAUAUCUUUGAAAAAUGUUCGUAUGGUGAGUGCACAUAUGCUGAGAUCGCAGAAAAGUUAGAGAAAAUCUCUCGCAACAAUAAGUCUUGGAGUACUAACAAGUCAGACACUGGGAGAAACACGUUUGUAGUGCAAGCUACACACAUUCUGGCUGCAGAUGAGAUUCAGAAGGUAGAUGCGGUGAAUUACAUGGCUAAACCAACACCGCCAGUGGAUGAGUGCUAUUAUGAAGAGGAUAUUUAUGAGGUGAAUGAUCAGAUGGGGGUUUCCAACCAAACACGCAAGGCUCCAAUCACGAGAAUUGGCAUCAAGGUCAAGGAAAUCAAGGUGGGGACUAUGGUAACUACAAUAGAGAAGGCUUUCACUACUCGAGGAGGUAAGCAAACUAUUGAUCCACCAAUGCCGUCUGUGGUAGAAUAUGAGAUGAUAAAAGAUGAAGAGGUGGUGGAAACUAGUGGAGAAUUUGUGGACAAAACGAUGAAAGAAGCAGAGGUACCUCAAAAAGUGGUCCCUAUUCCUAAACCUCCACCACUAUUCCCUCACAGAUUAUUGAAGAAGACUGAGGAAGAUUUGGAACAAAUGCGCGGUUAUGAUAAAUUUAUGAAGGAUAUGGUUACAAAGAAGAGAUCGUUAAGUUUGGAGUAUGAUAAUCGAAUGCAGCAUUGCAGUUUUAUUGUUACAAGGUCUCUUGUGCAUAAAAAAGAAGAUUCAGGCGCUUUGACUAUUCCAUGUACCAUCCGAUUAUUACACUUGGCAAAAGCACUAUGUUAUCUAGGUGAAAACAUAAACCUCAUCCCUCUUUCCAUUCAUAUGAAAUUGGGUUUGCAUGACCCAAAACCUACCGCAAUGCGGUUACUGAUGGACGAACGAAAACUGAAGAGGCACAUCGAGAUAAUCCAUGAUGUGCUUGUGAAAGUGGAGUCAUUUAUAUUUUCGGCCAGUUUUUUGAUUCUUGAAUGUGAGGUGGACUUUGAGGUUCCUAUUAUUCUUGGGAGGUCAUUCCUUGAAACUAGUUCUGCCUUGGUUAAUAUGGAGAAAGGGCAGAUGUAG